UCACCUCGGGUUAGCAUUGGUCGGUCCGAGAAUAAACACGGAAACCGGAUCUUUUCCUGUGUGGCCAGUCAACAUGGAACUGGGUAACCAGCCGGGCCAGGGGAAUCGACCCGAAAUAGAACUGGAGUGGUACCAGUAUCUUCAGAAUACAGUGGGUGAAGCUCUGUCAAACUAUGGUUGGUACAUCUUACUUGGCUGCAUCGUUAUAUAUUUCUUGAUUCAGAAGUUGUCGGCGAACUUCACACGAGCUGUCGCGUCUACUCGCACAACUGUGACAGACCCUGAUGAGAUUGUCAGAAGACAAGAAGCAGUGGCAGCUGCCCGGAUGCGAAUGCAGGUGGAGCUCAAUGCUCAGGCUGAAUUAUACAAACAGAAGCAGGUUCAGUUACAAGAGGAAAAGCGGCGGCGAAACAUAGAGACCUGGGAUCGUAUGCAAGAAGGGAAGAGUUCCAAGGUGGGCUGCCGCCUUGUCCAGGAUGCAUCUCCUAGAACCUCCACUUCAUCAUCUGCCCCAAAACCCAAGCCAGAGAGCAGACCAUUGCGUGACAGUGGAUACAAUCCUCUGACUGGAGGUGGAGGUGGUACAUGUGCCUGGCGACCAGGCCGAAGAGGCCCUUCUUCAGGAGGUUCAUGAGGUUAAGCCUCUUGCUGGUAUUUCUUCUCCUGGGAAUAUCAGCAAGAUGAAAUGAAUGCACCACCUGCAGUAUUAGUGCCGAUUGUAAUGUGUCGAUUCCAGUCUGUGAUUCUUCAGUACUACAGCUUGGAUAUACCAUGUGAUAUACCAUGUACUUUCCGUCUCUGCUUGUUAUGGAGGAAGUCAUCACUUGAAUAUUAAGGAGCUCUUGGAAAGAAGAAGCUGCAAUUCUGUCUGAUUAGAUCAGGCUGGGGAAUUUUGUCACUGCAAUCUGGUACUCUGCAUGAUGUCAUCCUUAUAAAUGGCACAGUAGCCAAUGAGGUUGACUGAUGUUGUUUGGUGGUAUACAUUCUGUAUAAAUGUUUUUUGUUUUCUGUUUCUUUGUGUCUGCUGCUUCAAUAAAUGCUUUGCACCACU